AUGAACACCGCAUUGAAUGAUUUACACAAUGAUCUGGUGAUUUUGGAAGAUAACGGAAUCAUUGAUACUCCAGAUAAUUCAAACCAUUCGUCUCCGCGAUCAACUACUGACGAGGAGGAAGAGGAAGAAGGGGAGGAGGAAGAAGACGGUGCUGAGGAUGUAGAGCUUACAGAAAAAUAUGACGAUAAAAGUUUAUUAACAGGAAUCCAACCGGAGGACGAAAUUGUAAAUGAUGGCAUCAAUAUAUGGAUCCCGGUUCAACUGCUCAAAAAAAAUAUAGCCAAGUUUUGGUCCCAUUUUUUGGCAAUUGAUAAGGAAUUGACAAAAGUUAAAUGCAAACAUUGUGGAGAGAUAUUAACGAGAAAUGAUCCAAAUUUAACAAGAUAUUUUAGAUCUCACUUAAAAUCGAAACACAACGUAAGUGCGAAUAAGAGCUUUUACUCCAUGAAUUUCACUGCCAAGGAUUCUAUUCUCAAAAACAAUAACUCCCACGUAGAAAAUGCAGAUAAACCUAGCUAUAAUUCCUUAGCAUUCAAUUCACACCCAACUCUAAGACAUUUUGAUAUCGGCAAAUUACAAAGCAAUAAUUCGUUUUCUUUCUCGCAGUUAAUUGCCAUAAUAAUAGCUUCUGAAGAUUUACCUCUAAAUUUCUUUGAGAAUGAAUCGUUCAAAUUCCUAAUAUCAAAAUUUCAUAGGCCCCCCUCCCUGACACCUAGUGUGAUAAAAGAAGCGAUUGUGGAGUUGUCCAACUCAAUAGAUGAUUUGGUUAGAAGAUCAGUUCCAGAAAACGGUUUACAUUUGCCUUUUAAUAUUCAUUUAUCCAAUCCUGAAAAGUCAGAUGGUUCUGUUUACUCACAGUAUCUGAAGGACAUUCGGAUGCAGCUACACAGUUUAGACCUAUCCUCUCUUGCGUCUGUGAAUUUUACAGAGUUGGAUAAAACGAGAUCAUUGUUUUCUCUACAGGUGUUCGAUAAUAACAAUAAAGUUUCGAAAAUCCUACCAUUAUCUAUUAUUGUACGUAAAACAACGGAUAUAGAUAGCCAUUCCUGGCAGAAAUGGCUCAAUAGUGUGUAUUCAAAAUACCCUGGUUUACAAAAAUCAGUAAUUUCCUUAACUUUGCCAAAGAGUUAUUACGCAAAGGUUUUAGAAAAAAGAAAUAGCGGCAACCCAUCUAUUAAUGCAGGAAAUGUCGUACAAGUAACGUACCAUAUCUGCAUAGUGUCCGAACUGCUUCACUGUUUUUUGCAACCAUUUUUCAAUCUCCCUACUGAGUCGUUACUUUCUUCUUUUUCCUUGGCUAAGGAAAUUAAUUCGCAAGGUUCAUUGUUAGAUUCACUGAUCGAUUUCUCCCACUUGGAUAUAUCAUCAACUGUGCUUGGAAAAAUUAGCUCUUUGAUAGAGGAGGUUAACCUAAGGGGCUCUUUAAAAUCGGAUUUUUUAUUAUACUGCAAAAAUUAUACACAACCCAACUGUCACGAACUAGCUUCAAUGCUUUCCUUCAACUGUGACAGCUUUUCAGCUUUGAAAAAUUUCUUGGGAAAUUUUGCGAACUUAGUUCCAUUCUUCAAAUCCAUCAACUCUCAUUUAGAGAAUGAAUCACUUACUGAGUCUGAUUUUCGGCUGAUCAUUACAAUAGAAGAGACUUUAAAAACUUUCGAGCAGGCAAUUGAAUAUUUUGCCUCUUCUGCUCCAUUGAAGUUCACACAUACGUUAGUUUUUAUCAUAAACUUUGAAGCAUAUUUGACAGAGGUUAUUCAAAGCUCUACCUUCACCAAAUCCAAAAAACCUUUUGAAAAAAUCCUAUCUAGAAUUUCGAAACUUAGAGAAUUCUACCUUCUUGAUGAUGUCAACUUGAUUGGUGCAUUUUUGUAUCCGCCAGUAUUUCAGAGUAAAAGCCUAUUAACUGAGAUCUUCAAUACAACAUCCACAAAUGAAAUUGUCAAUAAAGUGACUAAAAUUGCUUCAAGAUAUCUGCGAAACUUCAUUGAUAUAAUCAAUUUUCAGUCUUUUGAUAAUGGCAAGGACAAUGAACUAAGUUCUGGCGAAGAACUUCUUCCUGGCUACGAAAAUAUUUUUAUGAAUGAAUCACAAGACAUACGGCUUUCAUGCAACAUCACGCCCACUUCACCACAGUCCAAGGAUCUACUAUUUGGGCAUAUAAUUCGUGAUGACCUGCUACGCUAUAUAGACAGAAUUACCCACGAGCUGCCCGACGCGUAUCAUAGCUACUUAAAUGAUAAUGACAUUAGCUUCGAUGGCUCUCAUUUCACGAAAUUUGAAUUACCUGAGGAGAGCGCCUCUGAUUCCGGAGAAUGGCGGUUAAAUAUCAUGGAAGAGACAUUUGAUAUCCAUAUUCCAAUAUCAGAUACAAUCUGGAAUAAUUACAUAAAUGACGACAGUAAGAUUGUGGUAAUCGAUACUUUACUGCAACUUCUUUCAAUAAACUCAGCAUCCUCGAUAAGAUCGGAAUUCUCUUUUUUGCAAAAAGCUAGUCAAGAUUUUAAUAACGAGUUAUACGAAGAAACAAUCAAAAUAAAACUUGUCAAUUCUCAAUUUAAUCUAGAAGAAAUUGACUUUCACUCUAGAUCAUUUUUCCACACUUGCCAAUGA